AUGUGGCCCUCGGUGCGCCGUGUGGCUUCCGUCCCGGCCUCGCCGCUCCAGGUCGUCUCGUCGUCCUUAACCGCCUCCGCGCCACGGGCUGCUGCACCUGCGACCGUCGCCGUCACCGUCGCCAUCGCUGCCAGACCUGGUCGACACCAGCGACGCUUCUCGUCUUCCAAACCUUCCAGCUCCGACAAUGGCCCCAAGGACAUCCCCCGGCCAUCCGCUGUCCCGGCCACUGCGUCUUCCCGGUCCGGCGAGUCCAAGUCCAACGGCGAGAAGAGGAAACGCAAGGCCAAGGAUGCCGUGGCUUCUCCGAAGUUGCCCAGCGUGCCCAGCACUCAACAUCUUUCCCAAGAAGCCCUCGGCCUUUCCACCUUCUUCUCCCUCCACCGCCCGAUAUCCGUCACCCACAGCAUACCCAGGACCAUAAGCGACGAGACCUUCGCCUCCAUCUUCGACAAGCGCUCCAGGGCCGGCAACGUCUCCGAGGUCAUCAGCACGCUGUCCCGGACGGCCGACGAGCUCGACGGCGCCAUGGCCAAGAUGACCAUCUCCGACCACGCCGAAGCCGACGCCCACGCCCACGGCGACUCCGUCCGCAAGAUCGACCUCAAGCACCCCGACGGCAGCGAGUCGAGCGUCUACGUCCAGCUCAACGCCAUGGCCGGCCAGUUCGUCCCCUUCCGCCCCCCGCCGCUGCCCCAACCCCAACCGGCGUCGGCGUCGGCGGGUCAAGACGAAGCAGCAGCCCAGAUGAUGGAUGCCGCCGCCGAAGAGCUCCUCGACGAGUCCCCGCAGCACCGCGUCUACAAGGCCCUCUUCACCAUCGAGGAGUCCACCGACCCGGACGGCCACGUCCGCGUCGUCGCCCACAGCCCCCGCAUCGUCCAGGAGGGCGCCGCCCCGCGCUCCUUCCUCGAACGCAUGGCCCUGCGCCAGAUGCGCUUCCAGGAGGCCCAGGUCGCCCACGACGACGACGACGACGGCGGCGGCGCCAUGCGGGCCAUCAGCGUCCGGCGCCAGCGCAAGCUCAAGAUGAAGAAGAAGAAGUACAAGAAGCUCAUGAAGCGGACUCGCAACCUGCGACGGAAGCUGGAUAGGGUAUAA